CCAUUUCUUUCUCCCAUGCACUUGUCAUUCUUCUCCUCUCAUGCUUCUCCCCAGUGCUUGAUUGCCAUUGCGUCGUCAGCAUCUCAAACUUGUACCAUCCUAGUUGGUCUCUCUCUUGCAAAACUGCUUCCUCCAAUCUUCCAGGUAGCCACAUUAACUGAGAUGUCGAGCCGGAGGUCACGGUCUAGGCAGUCUGGCUCGUCGAGGAUCACCGAGGAGCAAAUCAGUGACCUCGUUUCCAAGUUGCAAGACCUCCUCCCCGAAGCUCGCCUCCAGAGCAAUGCCAGAGUACCAUCCGCGAGGGUGUUGCAGGAGACGUGCAACUACAUCAGGAGCUUGCAUCAGGAGGUGGACGACCUGAGCGAGAGGCUGUCGGAGCUACUGGCGACGUCCGACAUGAGCAGCGCUCAGGCGGCGAUCAUCCGCAGCCUGCUCAUGUAGGGAGAGAGAUCUUGGUACCCUUGGAGCGUUCAUAGCCUAAGUAGAGUGAUCUUUAGUACUUCGAGAAGCAGGUUAACUGCCUAAUUCGCCAAUGUACUUCGCCUACGUGCGUAGGCACUGUUGUCGUGUCGCUACCUGAGCCUGAGCUAUCUUUUUUCGUGUACGUAAAUCGACCCAUCGUAAUCCGUGCAAAGCUUAUAUCAUUUGAUCAUUUCUGUCU